AUGUUUCGCUCGAAAGACCGAAGAAAGCUGAUGCGCCAACGGAGUGCGGAGAAUGCAGGAGCGGAGCAGCCUGUACCCCCAAUACCCAUUGCUCCCAGUGCCACCAACGCUACUAGCAACAGCAACUCUGCGCCAGCUCCAGUACCAGCCCCAGCUGUAGCAGUGCCAGUGCCAGCGCCAGGUACUGAAGCCAGCGUUACGACAGCUGUCGUUGCCCCGGCAACCACCAAUCACAGGCCCACUAUAGUGCAACCACCUCCAUUGGUGGCACGACGAUCUACAAUUCACAGAACCACUGCUUCGCUAUCUGCCUACAGAGCCACUCCCAUUACCAAACACUAUUCUCUCAACAAUCAAAUCCUGACGGCGUUUGAAAGUCACUACGAGAACAAGCUCUUCACAAUCGCCUACGCCAUUGGUCUGCAGUUUGUAGAGACGGCUCUAUUGGAGAUUCCCAAGCACGGGUACUAUUAUUCCACGAGACAUACACAGGAACGAACGGCCAAUAGUCUCAAUGCGAUCCGAGUCUCCAAUAUGCUACAAACCAUUCUCGAACAGCAACAACAAUUCCCAUCAGACGAUUUUGGGAUGGAUCUAAAGCUCGAGUUUAGAAAGGUACAAACACUGGCCAGUCUCGCAUUAGAGCAAGCCGAAGAAUCCAGCAAAGACCAAUACGAAGCAAAUCGCGCGGCAGUAGAAACGCAGCUCAAUGAAAUGAAACGACAGGAAGCGCCGACAACGCUGUUGGGAGAAACGUGUGGACCACUUCUCGAUAGUUUUACCGAAGCCAUGUGUCCACCCGGGGGGCUGUCCUCCGUCGUGGGCGACGGCCAACAAAAGUAUGAAACGGUGGUCGGUCACGCUGUUCCCGGUACUGCCACGGCCGUUGUUACCAAUAAUCACGACCAAUCCAAGGAACAAUCACCCAAGGGCAUACCACCACCGCCACCUUCGGAACGAACCAUGAGUUCCAUGAUGAGGGAAAUGAUGCAUCAACCCAAACCCAGCGAAAUACCUCCCCCGCCCCCUCCACCACCUGGAGUGCAAAUUGCCCAACCCAUCACCGCCACGGUCGUCAGGACGGAUCCGCCGGCACUCCAUCCAUCGUUAUCACAGGUCUCUCGCGCCAGCAUUACACAUCCUAUGCUGACAGGAGGGGGGGCCAAUGUGCCACCACCGCCAUCACUCGACGGAGGUUGGAUGAUCAUGCCCGAUCUCAUGCCCGACAGACCCGAGUUUGGACGCCAAAUGAGUGGACGCACGUAUGCCGAUCAUGUCGCUCUCGAACGAGCCCUCUACCUGUCCGGACUCGAAGUACAACCCGAGUUGGUGGGCCUCAUUGAUGAACCGCCCAUGAUUGCUGUCCCACCCGACGAUGAUGAUCAAUGGAUGCUCGAACACGCCCUCAAGGAAAGUGAACGGGAAAUGGAAGCAUUACGGGAACAAGAGGAAUUGCAGAUAUUAGAGGCUUGCCAACAAAGCGAAGUACAACAGUAUGAACUCCCGCAACACUUAUUACAGCCAACGACUGUCGUCAUGCCGGAACAUGCCGGUGCUGCCGCACCGCCCGCACCGCAACUGCAGAGACGUUUGACCAAGAGUCGUCUACAAAUUGAAACGUUGCACAUGCUAUAUCAUGAAGAUUUUGUUCAUCUGUGGAACAGCGGUAGGUUGCGAGUGACUCAGGUCGAUACCUAUCAAGGGAAAAAUCCUGGCAGCACCAAUGGAUGUACAGUGAUUGCGCCAUUGCUUUGCAUUCAUCAUUUUAUCAACUUUACCGAACCCGACUUUAAUGGGCAGCCGCGAGAUGAUCCGGGGUUGCCUGACGAAACCAUCAAGUCUGUGAUCGACGAAGAAGUUCCCUCCAUUUUACCGAAAGUGCGAGAAGAAUUGGGCGUCAUGGCGGAUGCCUUUUUGAUUCCGUCGGAUUCACACGACUACUUGUUGAAGAACCAAUUGCUGUCGCAAGAUCAGUUCGUGACAGUGAUUGGAGGCAACAUUUUGGAUGAGCGACAUCUGAAUGAACUGAUUCGGGUGUUGGUGGAAGGUACUGUGCCGAUCGUUGCGACCGAAGACUCUUCAAAUGCCGAAGGCGAGGAGGGCGGUGAUGCAGCGGCGGAUGGUAGCGAGUCGGGAGGGGCCGCCUCAAGCGAUGGUGGCGGCGCCGCCGCCGCGGAUAAGGAAUCCACUAACGGGGAGACACCGUCCGUGCAAAGCAGCAGUGAGACCAACAACAAUUCGGGAACAGCCCCUGCGACGACGACGACGACGACAACAACAACAGCAACAACUACAACGACAACCACGACGCGCGACCUCAAGAAAGCCAAGAUUGCCUGCACGCUUUUCUUUCAUGAACACGUCGUGUCUAUUUUGAAACUUCGAAGAGCGCACAAUGACAAAGCUUGGUUUGAUAUUAUUGACAGCCUGCCGUCGAAACAAAUGUUAUCGCGGGAAGUUGGAGCAGAGUCCAUUGAGAACAGACCCGCAGAAGGCGGCGCGGUGGACGCAUAUGGCAUCAGCUUGAGUGAGUAUGAAGCGCCAAUGAAUACUGCAAGGAUACGAUGUCUGGACGAAGAAGCAUUGUCGGUUGCGCUUCGAUGGUAUGCGUGCGCCAAGUUCAAUUCGGAGAACUUGAAUUAUAUUGAUGCGUACCCCUGGGAUGACCAGAGCACAGAUUUUGACCCCCGAGUCUUUCAAGCCUUUGUAUGGACCGAGGCAGCAUAG